AUCUGUCAAAAUAUGUCCGUCAAAAAUUGUCAAAUGUCAAAUGAAAUAAUCGAAAAUGUUCUUGAAAAACUUAAUUCAUGAAUUUUGAAAAUGUGAUGUGAUUUAUAAUGAUUUACAUGUUGAUUGUGUAAUAUAUUUUCAAUAAACUUUAACUUUACUAUAUCUAGUUCGUCCAUCGUGAUUAUAUUUUUGUUGUAAGGACCGGUAGAGGUUAUAAAAUAGAUUUUCUUCAAAACACCUAUUGGUUAUGUUUAUGCAAUAUUUCUUAGGAAGUAGCUGAAGAAAUUACGUAAACAAUGUCAAGAAUACUGCACAAUCGAAUGAGAUCAUCUCUAAGACGUUCAACGGCCUGGUCAUGUGUAGACAAGCGUGCCGUAGCGUUCUCAGUAUGGACGGGCCGGAGCAUGUUGUUGCACAAACCGUUAGACCCGAUCCAGAUUCCCCGCAGACGGUACGGAAUGCUGGUGGCUCGUGCCGUGAGGGGCAUGCUGAAGAUACGAUACUUGCUGCUCGGUGGAGCUGUAGGCGGUGGGAUGACGUUAAAUAAGAAAUACACCGAAUGGAAAGAUGGCCUCCCAGACAUGGGGUGGUUGAACGACCUGCUGCCUGACAACGAACAGUGGGACCGAUUCACCACGACACUCAUCUCAGCCAAAGAAAAGAUUGGCGAUCAACUUCAAAUCGGUGUCCCUCUGACGCUGUCGCUGCACGCAGAUCCGCGGCUGCGCGAGGCGGGCGUCGCACGCGCGGCGGAACUCCGCGAGUGGCUUGCGCAGCGCUACGAGGACGCCGUCGCGGCCGCCGCGGCCAAUAACGCGGCCAGCCAUAUAGAACCGGCGCCGAAGAUCGUAAAUAACCUUCAGAGUCGACCUGCACCGUCGCCAAGCAAAUCAUCUGGAGAGGAAAGCACUUCUUACGAAAAGCGCGUCCACGCCUUGCAAGAAGAAGUGCUAGCGCUUCAAGCGAGGUACCAGCGCGAGCUUCAACGCUUGGAGCAGGAGAACCGCGAGCUUCGUCAGCAGAACAUGCUGCUUCGUCAGGGCCGCGCGCCGCCCACUAGGAAGGCCAAGCGUUCGCUCAUCGACAUGUACAGCGCUGUCCUGGACGAGCUGUCGGGCUGGGACGCGGGCGAGACGGACCGGCUGCCGCGCGUGGUGGUGGUGGGCGACCAGUCCGCCGGCAAGACCUCCGUGCUGGAGAUGAUCGCGCAGGCCAGGAUCUUCCCGCGGGGGGCUGGCGAGAUGUGCACCAGGGCACCCGUAAAGGUGACACUAUCGGAGGGUCCGUACCACGUGGCCCAGUUCCGAGACUCGUCGAGGGAAUUCGAUCUCAAUAAGGAGUCUGACCUGGCUGACUUGAGGAAAGAGGUAGAACUCCGUAUGCGUAACAGCGUGCGAGGGGGCCGGACUGUGUCCACAGAAGUGAUAUCCAUGUCUGUGAAGGGGCCUGGUUUACAUCGCAUGGUGUUGGUCGACCUGCCCGGUGUUAUAUCGACACAAACAGUAGACAUGGCGUCGGACACGCGUGAAGCGAUCAAACUCAUGUCCCGCCAGUACAUGGAGAAUCCCAACGCCAUCAUACUUUGCAUACAGGACGGAUCCGUAGACGCAGAGCGCAGCAACGUGACAGAUCUGGUAGCUUCAUGUGACCCGGGCGGAAAGAGGACCAUCUUCGUGCUCACCAAGGUGGAUCUGGCUGAAGAGAGUCUGGCCAACCCUAACAGGAUCCGUCGCAUCCUAGAAGGCAAGCUGUUCCCCAUGAAGGCGCUAGGCUACUAUGCGGUAGUAACUGGCCGCAGUCGCAAGGACGACUCCAUUCAAAGCAUUCGCGAGUACGAGGAGCGGUUCUUCAGGUCGUCCAAGCUGUUCAAAGACGGCCUAGUGACUCCAUCCCAAGUGACAACGCGCAACUUAUCCCUGGCAGUAGCGGAUUGCUUCUGGCGGAUGGUGCGCGCGUCGGUCGAGCAACAAGCAGACGCUUUCAAGGCCAUGCGCUUCAACCUCGAGACCGAGUGGAAGAAUACUUUCCCCAGACAGCGCGAGCUCGACCGCGACGAGCUAUUCGAGCGGGCGCGCGCCGAGCUACUCGACCAAUCGGCCGAGCUGUCGGCCGUGGCCGCGCCCGCCUGGGAGCAGCGCCUACACGCGGCGCUGUGGGGCGCGGCGGCCGAGAGAGUCUUCGCCGGGAUAUAUCUGCCGGCCGCGGCCCAAGCGCAAGACGACGUGGGUGAGUCGGACAAAUUCAACACAUCAGUGGACAUCAAACUCCGCGAGUGGGCUGACACAGAACUCCCGGCUGCAUCCAUCCGCGCUGGUCGCGAGGCAUUACGGGAGGAGUUCACUGAGCUUAUGAGCCGCGCUGCUGAUUCAGAUCCAAUCUACGAGCCGUUGAAGAAAGAGGCAGUGGAGGAGGCUUUGAGAAGACAUCACUGGGAAGACCGGGCUCAGGAUGUGCUCCGAGUGCUGCAACUGAACGCUUUACAAGACCGGUGCGUGGCGUCCCGCGCCGACUGGGACGCGGCCGUGGCGCUCAUGGAAGACGCGCUGCGCGAGCGACGCGCGCUCACCGACCACGAGCUCAAGGAGCUCACGGGUCCCGGCUUCAAAGAGCGCUGGUUCUACUGGCAGAGCACCUCGGACGAGCAGCGCCGCCGCGCGGAGGUUAGGGCCGAACUAGAAAGGCUGGGCUCCGCGCGGCCUGCGCUGGCCUAUGAUGAAGUUAUAGCCGUGAGGGACAACCUUAGGAGGCGCGGUGUGGAAGUGGACAAUGAGUAUAUUAGGGAGACGUGGAAGCCUGUGUACCUCAAGAACUUCUUCGAGAGGGCGCAAACGAGGGCGCGGGAUUGCAAAAAGAGUUUCUAUUUGUACAGCCAACAGAAUGGAAAUGGGAAGGAGUGCUGCGAGGUAGUGAUGUUCUGGCGCGUGCAAUCCACGCUGCGGACCACCGCCAACGCGCUGCGGCAGCAGAUCGGCAACCGCGAGGCCGCGCGCCUCGACCGCGAGCUCAGGGAAGUCUUGGACGAGAUGGCAUCAGAACCUGAAUUAAAGAAGAAAUUGCUCUCAGGCAGACGUGUAGAACUUGCAGAAGAACUAAAACGAGUGAGACAAGUGCAAGAACGAUUAGAAGAGUUCAUCGAAGCAUUGAACAAGGAGAAGUAGAUUAUUGAUUAAUUGUUAGCGUGCACUCGCCAACACAAAUGUAAAUUGUACGGCGUUUCGCUGAGUGAACGAACGAAUGAAUGAGUGAACGAGGGUUUCGGUCACUCAUUCAUUUCUGAAGUAGCACUUAGGAACGACCUGUUUUGUUUGUGAAUAGGGCAGUUAUGUUAUACAGGGUGGCUCGAUGAAAUCAAAUUGUAUUUUAUAUAAUCUCAUAUUAGCAGAUGGUUUUAUAGCAGGGUUUGCAUUAAAAAAUGGCAAAUAAUUUGUCUGAAUUAAAAUUCAACAUAAUUAUGAUGUCACAUUGAAAAUGAUAGUGUAUUGUUUAUGUUUUUAGUUCACAUUCAUAAAAGAUUCCACAUCCAAUACAGAUAUUGUUAAAACUAACAAUUGUCCAUUUAUUAAAUCCUGCUCUAAAACCUAGCUGUUAUGUAUCCAGAAUAUGCCAGCCUGUAUAAUUUAGUCACUUUAGUUUAAUAUAACUUAAAAUGCAUAGCAUACAUACAUUUAAUACAGUUAACUUAUUUAUAAAUUUACCUGUGUGAAAUUCAAAAUCGAUUUAUUAGGGAAAGUGAAGCACUAGUUACUUAGUACUUGUAUAGUGUUGUAUUUAAAACUCAUUUAAUUAAAAAAUACCGUCUAUAAGGUAUUAAGGAGUAUCGAUUCGCAUAAAAUACUAAUCUAGUGUAUGUUAUUGUUUUUAAAUAAAAAUUACUUAUUGUUCAAAUAAGUAAUCGUAGUCAUAUGAAUUAUGUACUCAAAUGAUUACUUUAUAUUUAACAUAAGCAGGUUCACGCAAAAAUGGUUACAUGAACUGUUGAAUGUGUUGAAAAUUAUUGUUCCUACACUGAAUUGCUAAAUUGUCAUCCUGUAUGUAUUUGUAAAAUCUAUUCAUUCAAUUAAAAUAACUUCAUUCUACUUUACUAUAAACAUUGUACAGAUUUUUACCCGACUGCGUCAGAAGGAGGGUUAUGUUUUUGAAAGUUGAUUUUAUAUGACUACACGUCAGAAGUCUACGGCCCAAUAAAUCUCCUGUUUAUACAUAUUGGUGUCAUAUUUUGUAUGUAAGAUUCUUAGUGGCGCCAUGAUGACACUUUCGAGUUGGCUGGACUCACUACGAAUGACAUACAUUCUCGUAGCUUUAUCUGCCUUAUUACAGAAAGUUAGACUCCGGUUGAACUCUGGUUUAAAUUGAUUGUCAUUUUAAACCUUUACCUGGUAAUGGCAGAAUUUUUGCCACCAUAUUUUGAACCUUAUUGAGAAAACAUAAGGUACAAAAGUAAUGAAAAAUAUUUUUCUCUAUACCAGUUAAAGGGACUAGCGUUCUUCCCGGGUUUAACUUUUUUGUAAUAAGGGGGUGUAAGUCUUAUAAUUGUGUCUUCUCUACAACAUAUAUCUAAUACAACAAUAUGUGCCUAUCUUCUUCUCAGUCGGUACACUCUUGUCAGAGUGGUCGUGGUCAUCAUCUUGAAUCACGAUUCAGAGUGAUGUUCCUCGUAAUACGGCGCCAUUCCUCGCGGACUGCAGCUUUCCGGGUACUUUCGCUAACCGAGCACUUAGUUGCGGCCUUGAUCUGGUCCGUCCAUCUCAUUGGUGAUCUACCACGUGGUCUGGUGCCCUCAACUUUUCCCUGCACUACGAGACGCUCUAUGGAGUCAUUACUGCGAGAUACAUGGCCGAAGAAGUUUAAAAUGCGUGACUGUACUGUGGUUGAUAGGCGCUGUCUGAUGCCGAGUUCUUUUAAUAUGGAGUCAUUGGUACGAAACUCCGUCCACGAUAUUCCCAGCAUCCGUCUCCAGCACCACAUCUCCAAUGCCUAUGUGCCUAUACUAUAGCUGAAAAAAAUGGCUGCAUAUCUAUUAUUUUUUAAUCGUUUUGCUUCUUCCUAAACAAAGAUGAAUUUGUGUUAAAUCUAGUGCGGAUACGUGAGCACUAGAUGGCGCUUAUAAGGAGCUUGAAAAUUAGCAACAUGUAUGUAAAUACGCUAAGUAGUUUCUUCGGUUUUUGUCGCUACUCGGUAGAUUAACGCUAUGUAUAAAGAAGGUAAUUAAUUACUUUAGUCAGCUAAUAGUAGUUUACCAAAUAUGUAAAAAGUUAAUGUUAAAAUGUGGGUAACUUCUCUAAGAUAUGGUUGCUUGUUGAUUUCGUAUUUUUCUCGGGAGUACCCCGGGCAGAUUUUAUGAGGUGUUUGAUGCAUUUAGUGUUUUAUUUCUUACAAUAAUUAUGUUUGUGAAUUCUUUCCUUUUCUUUUUUGCUUUGAAAUGACAAUUCUUAGAUCUAAAUAGGGUAUUGGCACCACCAAAUGUCUCUCAAAUACACUAACUACAAAUAAGAGUUAAAAAACGUAUUACAGGUAUUUCAAUGACGAUGUGUGGUAGAGAAAUCUUACAUUGCUUGUUUUACAAGCCAGUAUUUUUAAGAAAUUUCUGUAUAGAUCAAAUCUGAUUGUAGGAGGUAUUAUUUUGAUAAAUGUUAUUUUAGUGUUUACCUAAUGGUGUCAAACUACCCUAUUAUUACAUGAAAUAGAAACAUUUUUAUGUAUUCAUAUUGUGUUGAUGUAAUAGCGUUUACAAUUGUGUUGGUAGAUGUACAUAUUCGUUGUAUUAUUUUGUUAUUAAUUUAACUGCUUGAUCUAAGUUGUCUUAUAAUAAAAAGUUGAGAAAAUAA